AGAAUUAUUAGUUCUAAACUCUUUAAUCUAUGAAAAUUUAGUAACAUAAAUCCAUUUAUAUCCUAAUAGCUAAUCUAGGGCUUGAUAAAUUUUCUUUUAACAAUGGUUUGAGUUUAAAGAUAGACUAAAUAUUUUUAUGACCAAAUAUUUGCCAAAUGCUAGAAAUCAUGCGCGAAAAGUUAUAGCAGCCUCAACGGAUGGAAAAAUCGAUAAGUACUAACAGAGCACUUAAUGCACUUCCGUGUUGAUUAUUAUGGACGACGAACAUUAUGGAAACGUUUAUAAUGCGCUAUUAAAAACAUUCCGAAUUUAACAGAACAUAGGAUAGCUACGACGCACAAAGGUUGGCAACUUAUAUUCAACAAGGUGCUUACCAGCGGGAUAUACCCUGUCUCCCUUGUAACUCUUGUUUGAAAAAUGCAUUCAGUAGGCAUACACUCUGCAAUGGCUAUUAAGCGGCAAAGAAAACGGCGAGAUGAACAAAAAAGAGCACGAGAAAGGCGCUACAGCACACAAAGCUCUGAGAGUGGCGAAACAUUUCAUUCUCCAACAGGAUCUGUGAGACGCAAAUAUCACCAUCCCCAUCACGCGGCUAAUUCUGGUAGAGGAAUGCUUGACAGCCAGGUUGUUACAAGUAUUGGAAUGUUGCACAUUGGUAUUGUGUUCGUUGUGUUUGGAGUUUUCUUAUGCGGGGCUGGUAUUAUUCCAGAUGAAACUAUGUCCUGGAAUGUAUUUAGUUCUAGCUCAGCCUGGUGGAAUGAAGUUACUUGCACCGGCUUAUUUUCCCUUGCAUUGGGUUUAUUUUUACUAAUUUUAAACUGUCUUAUAAGUCGGAAAGAGGAGGAGGACCUUGAGGACUACGUGCAGCGUCAGCUGACUAGAUCUCGUUCAGGACACCGCCUUGAGCGAGAUGUUGAAACCGGUGUGUUAACCACGCGUCAUGCUCGUAAGGCUGUUGCCUUAAAAAAAAACGGACGUAACAGCCAUCCAGCAGAUGUAGCCAUCGUAAAUUGCGGCCCUACCGAAACUAUUUGCAAUGGACCGAUAGUUGGACGUAAUGGUUUCAACAGCUCUGGUGAUGUUAUUCUCGAAAAAAUUGUGGAGGAAGACACCCCUUAUUUAAAUGACCGCAGUUCUGGAAUAUCUCCGAUCGAAAUAGAAAAUGAUACAAAACGGCUGUUAAGGAGGGAAUCUAUAAACGAUUCAAUCAAUAUAACACAAAUAUAAAAUAUUAUAUUUUAAAUAUAAUGUAAUAUUUGUUGUUUUUUAUAUCUGCGUAGCUUUAAAAAGAAUAUAUAAUUAGCAGCAACAUAUUUUCAAAAUCAUAUUACAUUCUUACUGUUACAUUUUAAGCGAUAAAAUAAUGUUGAAAACUGCGUAAUUUUUUCGAGAAAAAUGUACGUAUAUGUAAGCGGCAUUAAUUAGCUAAGCAAAGGUUUAAUUUGUUAUAUCACGAAAAGUAACUUUAAUGAAAACUCGGAACAAUCGUGCGCAUUGUCAAAUACCUUUUAUGCCCUAAACCAGAAAAUGGAAAAUAAUACCUAAUAAUAAUUAUUUAAGAAAAAUACUCAUUUAAGGAAUCCCCUUUUUGACUGAUACGUAUCCUUUGGGGCUUACAUUUUACAUUCUAUUAUAUACUAUUGUAUACUUACUUUUUAAAAAACAUAAAAAUAAUAAUUCUUAAUACACUGCUCUAAAUUAUUUUUAUUAAAUUUUGCUUAUAAAAUAAAUUGUUUAUUUAAUAAUA